AUGUCUGCACGACCCGCAACGCUCACCAUCCCUCCUCCCAUCCCGCACGACCAAGCUCCGCCUGCAGGAGGUCAGCCGUCAGCGACGGAUGACUUCGAUACGCACGCUCUGCCGAGUCCCACCCCCAGCGAGGCCGAGGCCUUGAACACCAAAGGCUUCUUCGCGAGACCAAAACUCAGCGAAUGGCGGAUGUGGUUUCAGAGGAAGUACUGGAGUUACUGGAUCAUCGGUGCCAUCGCGCUGGGCGUAACCAUCGCUUUCAUCGUACUUCACAGGCGCAUCUCCGAUGCCCUGGAGCCGUUCGCUCAACGGCUCAAAGAUCUUCCCGCCGGCUGGCUGAUCCCCGUCGGGCUGCUCAUCAUCCUGUCCUUUCCACCAUUGUUUGGGCAUGAGAUCGUGGCAGUUCUAUGCGGAGUAGUCUGGGGGCUUGGUAUUGGUUUCGGCAUCGUUGCUUUGGGUACGCUCCUGGGAGAGCUCGCAUCGUUCUUUGCUUUCCGUACUUUCUUACGCCGCCGUGCUGAGAAGUUAGAACACGAUAACCUGAAGUACGGCCUGCUUUCGCACGUCGUUCGGGAGGGCGGCUUCCUUGUGGUUCUUAUGGCUCGGCUCAGUGCCAUCCCUCCCCACUUUCUGACUGUGAUCUUCUCAACGAGUGGCAUGAAGGUGUGGGUAUUCACACUCGCCGCAAUCCUCUCCCUCCCCCGCCAGUUCGCCACCGUCUACCUCGGUCUUCUCUUCGAUAGCAACGGCACGGCGAACGCGGGCCAGAGGGGUGCUACCGCCGCCAUCAUUAUCAUUACAACGAUCACCACCUUAGGCGCCGGCUGGUACAUCAGCAAGAAGUACGAGCAACUCAAGCCCGCAUAUAUCAACGAGCGCCGUCGCGCGCGCCAGAUGCUCGUCGUCGACGUCGGCUUCCCGCGCCGCUCUGAGGAUCUGUCUGCGCAUAUGGACUUGGCUGAGAAGGGCGCACAACUUGAUGGACCGCUCGAGCUUCCGGUCCCCACAUUCGAUGCGAUGCAGGCGCACAUGCAGGAUCAGGAGAAAGCUCAGCCUAUGAUGCGGGAUUCCCUGGUUCGCGCGCCUCCGGGCAUACAUGUCCAGCAGCCGGCGCGGAUGUCGAUGCAGGCUAUUGCGACGGGUGCACCUGGACCUAUGUUCGUGAAUCCGGGCAAGCGUGGCUUCCAUCCUACAAUCCAGCAGUUCUCGCCAAGCCCUUAG